CUCAUGCACCUCAUCUUUCUUGUCAGACCCACAGCCUCUAGAGCUUCAUCGAAAAGUAUCUAUAAGUGACCAUAAAGAGACAAGAAGAAGACGGUAUUAUGGCUGAACCCGCCCAAGCCAUCCAUGGAACUCUAAUCCACUCUCUUUCUCAGACGCAACUUCAAGUCCUUCCAGAUACUCUCAUCAUUCUCUCUUCUUCAGGUAGCAUCGUAUCUCUCCAAUCUAAUAUCCCUUCUUUACAAGUGAAUAAUUUCCUCGCCGUGCAACGCAUCGAACACAUUCGCCAAACUAUACUCCCCUCUGGCCAAUUCGUCAUCCCGGGCUUUGUUGAUACACAUAAUCAUGCUCCGCAAUGGAUGCAAAGGGGCUUGGGCCAAGGAAUGCAUAUCCUAGACUGGCUUGAUGGCAUUACUUUUCCCAAUGAAGCCAAGUUUGCAGAUGCUUCUCAUGCAGAGAAGGUGUAUGAGAAGCUCGUUCGAGGGAUGCUUAGACAGGGUGUUACGACGGCAUCUUACUACGGUUCUUUGCACCAAGAAGCGACGAAUGUUUUGGCAUCAACGUGUCUUGAAAGAGGUCAGAGAGCUCUGAUUGGAAAAUGCAACAUGAAUCGCAACUCGCCAUCCUUCUACUGCGAAACUUCUGCUGAAGAGUCCAUUUCUGCGACGAAAUCAUGUAUACAUCAUAUUCGAACCAUCGACCCGAAGAAUACUCUUAUUAAACCUGUUUUGACGCCUCGCUUCGCGAUAUCGUGCACAGUAGAAUUACUACAGUCUCUCGGCACCAUGGUUCGCAAUGAUACUUCUCUAGCUAUACAAACUCAUUUCAAUGAGGCCAAGCAGGAGAUCAACGCCACGCUGUCUCUCUUUCCGGAAUUUAAAAACGAAGCCGAUUUAUACUCUUCUUUCGGGCUUCUUACACCAAAGACUAUCCUCGCCCAUUGUACUAUCAUGACUGAGUACGAGAUCCAGAAGCUUCACGAUUUUGGAUGCGGCGUCGCGCAUUGUCCUACAGCAAACAUGACCGUUGGGGGAGGCUUCAUGGCUGCUCCCGUAAAGGAGUUUCUUAGACGUGGUAUCAAUGUCGGCUUAGGAACAGAUUCGGGAGGUGGUUAUAGCUCGAGUAUGUUAAAUGCGAUGAGACAUGCUCUCAUCACGUCGUAUGCGAGAGACGCGCUGUAUCCGACAUUCAAACAAGCGAAAGAGACGAGUGUCAGCGGUGACAAGGGAGGCGGCAAAGAAGCUCUGAGCCUGGAAGAGGUUUUCUACAUGGCUACCCAAGGAGGCGCCAAGGUCGUUGGCCUUGAUGACAAAAUUGGCGAAUUUGCGCUUGGAAGGGAAUUUGAUGCCCUGGUAAUCGACUUGCGGGAUGAGAGAAGCGGAGUAAAUGUGCCGCUGGAUGAAGACGACUCGACACCAAGGAUGCUCGAGAAAUUCAUCAUGACGGGAGACGAUAGGAACAUUGUGCAGGUCUAUGUUAAAGGAAGAUUGGUUCAUGGUGAAUGACUUGGGACUUUGAUAUGUGGUGAAAGCAUUCGAACUGGCUUGGCUUGAGAUAGCAGCUUUCCGAAUACUCUAGACCAAAGUUGAAUAGAAAGUGAAUACAAAAGGUACGGCUUCAGAGGCAG